AGAAAUCCCACUUUCAUCUUGCAGAAGCCUAUCCUGUUUCAAAAGAACUGGUUGGUCGAGGACUGGAGAUGAACUCGCUGGCAUUUUCAGUUGGGACCGUGAAUCCCAGAAAGUUUAGCACACCCAAAACAAGAUCACUCAUAAAAGACUUCGAUUCCACAAAAACAUCAAAUAUCAGUUUCUCAAGCCAAUCCAAAAACAGCACUUCGCCUCCUGCAACCCAGCAAAAUGUAAACCCAACUCUCCUAGGGAGAAGAGAAGCACUUGGUUUCGGCUUCUGUUUUGGUUUGCUUGAGGCUCUCUUGCAACCAGAAGCCAGUGCAGCAGCAGCCAACGCAGCUCCAUGUGAACUUACUGUAACACCUUCAGGCCUCGCCUUCUGCGAUAAAGUUGUUGGAACUGGCCCUGAGGCUAUCAAAGGACAGCUGAUUAAGGCACACUAUGUCGGCAAAUUGGAGAAUGGGAAAGUUUUCGACAGCAGCUACAAUCGUGGAAAGCCUCUUACAUUUCGUGUCGGUGUUGGUGAGGUCAUCAAGGGCUGGGACCAAGGAAUUCUAGGAGGUGAUGGAGUACCUCCCAUGCUUCCUGGGGGGAAACGCACGCUAAAGCUUCCUCCAGAACUUGCAUAUGGCAUAAGAGGGGCUGGGUGCAAAGGAGGUUCCUGUGUUAUUCCACCAGAUUCCGUUCUCCUCUUCGAUGUGGAGUUUGUUGGCAAGGCAUGAGAAGUAGCAGCCACUGGCCAAAGAGAAAGGGUGUCUGAGUAACCUUCUUUUAUUAUUUUUACUCUUAAAGAAUGUACAUCAUUAUCAACUAAAGAGUGAAUUGACCUUUGAAAACUAUUCAGGGCAGCAACACUUUUUCCCCUUUUCUGACCCAUCUUGAGGCAAUCAAGCAAUCAAGUUUGCAGUUCAAUGUAUGUUCUUCAUUUGCCAAUCCAUGGAUAAGAGGAGCCAUUUUCCAGUCAUGGGUGGCAUCUUAAUUUUGAAUGGCUUACACCACUGCUUACAGACAA